CAUGGAGGAGGGGGAGGACUUUAGCCGCACAGGAAGAUGGACAAGGGUUAGCAGCUCAGGGACACUUUGAUUCAACACCAGCCUGGGUGGGCGCGAUGGCUGAGUCAGGACCCUGUGAUGAUUCUCCCUCCCGAAGCCAUCAUAAACACUCCCUCAACUGGACCCUGGCAAAGCUGUUAAGCCGGCAACUGGGUACCAAACAGCUCUGUGUCACAUGAGAGGCCUGGCUGGAGUCACAGUGGCCCAGGAUACUAUUCUUAGAUGCAGGAAUGUACACAGUGGCCUCAUGGCAAUCUCCACAGCGCCUAACUGGAAAGCCUUGUCGUUUCUCUGUGUCAUGCUCCUUCCCUGACUACGCUACCCACUUUCUGUCUGGAUAAUGUUUUAACUCUCUUUCAUUUGCAACUGAGCAUUUCCUUCUGAUCAGACUGACAACAUACUUUGGAUAUUAUUGAUCCUCUGAGGGCAUGAGAAUGGCUGUAAGACCACGCGAGGUUUUCUAUUUCAAAGAUUCAGAACUUCCCUCCCACCUUCUUGCUCAGCUCAACACCCUCCGGCAGGAGCGCAUCCUGACAGACGUCCUGCUCUGCACCGAGCACCAGGAGAUCCCCUGCCACAGGAGCGUCCUGGUGUCCAGCAGCCCAUACUUCCGCGCCAUGUUCUGCAGCAACUUCCUGGAGAGCAGCCAGGCCCGCGUCAACCUGAGAGGAAUCUCUUCAAAUGUCCUCAUCGGCAUCGUGGACUACGUGUACACGGGCUGCGUCACUAUCACCAUGGAGAAUGUGCUGCCGCUCAUGCAGGCAGCAUCCAUGCUUCACUAUGUAGGUCUGUUUGAAGCCUGCUCCAUGUUCCUCCAGGACCAGCUGAGUCCAGAGAACUGUCUGAGCAUGAUCCGCCUCUCUGAGAUCCUUCACUGUGAGAGCUUGAGGGAGAGGGCGAAGGAGAUGGCUGUGAGGUGUUUCUCUGAUGUCGCCGCCACAGAGGAUUUCUGUGAGUUGUCUCUUCCUGAGCUCAUGUGUUACCUGGAAGACGACCGACUCUGUGCAGAGGAGGAGCAGGUGUUUGAGACCCUCCUGGCGUGGAUCCACCAUGACCCGUUCUCACGACGCGGCGCCAUCCACGAUCUCUUCAAGAAAGUCCGUCUCCGCUACAUCCAUCCAACUUACCUCUUCCAGUUUAUUGCCAAUGACCCGCUGGUGCAGUCUUCCACCCUCUGCACUGAGAUAAUCGAGUCAGUUCGUCGCCUCAUGCUCACAGUCAGCACCAAGUGUAGUCGUGAACUGAAGCCACUUUGGACCACACCCAGGCGUUACACCUGCAGAGAGACGCUGGUGGUAGUUGGUGGGCGUAAAAAUAAUGAACAGACUUCACGAGAGGCGUUACUAUAUGACGAGAGGACUCAUCGCUGGCAGUGGUUGGCCAAGCUCCCUCUUCGCCUCUACAAAGCUGCAUAUGUUUGCAUUCACAGUAUCCUCUAUGUGCUUGGCGGGCUCAGCCUCUGCAUGACGUCAGGCGACAGCUCGGUCAGCGCCACAGUUUACACGCUUUCCCUUAAAACGAACCAGUGGAGGACUGCUGAGCCCAUGUUGGAGCCACGAUACGCCCAUCAAAGCGUCUCCUACCUGCACUUUAUUUUUGUGUUAGGAGGCAUUGGGGUAGACAAGAGAAUCUCUCAGUCAGUCGAGAGGUAUAACAGCAUGUUUAAUCAGUGGGAAACCAUGGCACCAAUGCCCACAGCAACACUUCAUCCAGCUGUUGCAGCCAGUGAUCAGAGGAUCUAUGUUUUCGGAGGGGAGGACGCCAUGCAGAACCCAGUCAGGCUGAUUCAGGUGUAUCACAUCUCUCGAAACUUGUGGUCCAGGCUAGAAACAAGGACGGUGAAGAAUGUUUGCGCUCCUGCUGCUGUCAUAGAAGACAAGAUCUACAUCAUAGGAGGAUACACCAGACGAAUGAUUGCCUACGACACCAAAGCCAACAAGUUCGUAAAGUGCGAGAAUCUGAAGGAGCGGAGAAUGCAUCACAGCGCUACAGUGAUCAACAACAAGCUCUAUGUUACUGGUGGACGCAUCCUCAAUGGCCACGAUGUCAUCGAGGACUCGGACUGCUUUGAGUGUUACGACCCGAAAACAGAUGUUUGGACGUCUAAAGGUUCUCUCCCAUACAAGCUGUUUGACCACGGCUCUCUGCCGCUGGUCUGUGUCACUAACAGGCCCAACCCACCAUGACCGACCAUCCAGUCACUGCGGGUUCUUCUCCUCCCCUUUGCCGUGAUUUAUUGGCCUCUAACUACACCAGUGGGAAACCAUUUCACACUAGCUACAUUCCUUCACGCAGCUCAGCCUCUGCCACCACUUAGUGGCAUGUUAGGCCAGGCUGACUUUCAUCUGAAUGACAGAAGAGCUGAACCGACGUGCAGAGGUGUCAUUUCUGAGGCACCUGGAGUGGAACUGAACUGAGAACCUCAGAGAUGACGAGAGGCAGUCAUACUGACACAACAAGCAGCUGCUCACACAUUCGUAAUCCAAAAAGCUGUUUCCGCAAAUGGCUGCACUCGCUGGAGGCUAACUAAAAGUGUUAAUGCUUUGAUUUACACACAGCAUCAUCACUCUGAGUGGCAGCUGCAGCAAACUUUUCUGUAACAAUCCUAUGAUCUCUUGUAAAACUGAAAAUGACAUAGCUAGCAAUUUGCACUUUAUAGAUAAUAAAUAAUACAUUCCUCCUGUGAACAAUUGUGACAUGAACAAGCUCCUACGGCAAAGUUAAAGUAGCUGUAGCUUCUGUCAUGUUCGAUGAAAUCUUGCAAAGAAGAACUGAAAUGAAAUUAUCUGGGCCAACAUUAUUCCAGUUUGGGGGCUCAAUUCUUGACUGUGAAUUAUUCCUGCAAAACCCAACAAAGCAUGUUCUGCGUGUCAUUUUAUGGAUGUUUCACUUGCAACACGCUGGCAGUAGAAUAAAAAGAUGUUCUAGAUCAGUCAAAGCUCCGAAAAAACGAAAAUGUGAGAGGUUCAAAGGCAGUUCAGUUUCAUCAUGCGUGCAACUAUUGCUCGGUAAAGAAAAUAUCUUCACAGCCAGCAGCCGUAUGUUUAUGCGAGGACGUGUGACAAUGCUGCCUUUGAACACAAGCGCCUCGAGGUGACGCAGUGACCGACUAAGUGCAAGCACGAGGGGAUGUAGUGGAGGGUUUGUGCAGCCUUACAACAGGCUAAAGAUGUAACCUGCAGUUGGUUAGUCACAAACCAUUAUCUGACAUCAAUCUUUCAUUCAUCUGAGAAAAUGAUCAGAGGCAGAAAAGGAGGAGUAUUGCAAAAAAGCUUUAAAGCAGUCACCACUACAAAUGUGGAGGCUUCUACUGGUGUUACAUCCAUCUUUGUCCUUCAACCCUCUCAUUGCUCGCAGAGCGUGCAUUGAUGCUCCAGUCCCUGGCCCUGGUAACGACUGCCAUGGCAACCCUGUUAUAGCCCUAUCUAUUCAAGACAGCAUCACUGAUCGACUGCAUGAUCUGGUGCUGCUGCUUGCACAUUUCAGAUGCUUUGUUUUUCAUUAAAAUGCAUCAUUUCUUGUACAGCGUGUUUAUAUUUUGGAGACUGAUUUCUCUGUGGGACUUAAAGGAACAUUGCUAAUUAUGUAUAUGUACAGUACAACAAAGAAAAUUCCUAUUUUGUUACUUUGAAUCUCUUGACACAUGAAUACUAGAGAUAAAUAUGUGCAAGAGAAUGUUAGAAAUUUAGUUUUUGCUCUGUUUGCUCGUCUUUAGUUGACCUUGGUGCAGAUUCAUCAGGUUCUCUAUUUGUCUGCCAAAUAGCUGAGUCAUAUUCCUUUCAUAGCAAGGAAACAUUGUCAUUACGGACAAGUCCACAUGCUCUGGCUAUCAGAUGACACAUUCACGCUCCAUACAUCAUUAAAUACCAGAGGAACAUUAACUGAAGUCCUGCAUUAUAUUUAACUUUAAUGUAAUUUUUAUGGGGAUUUAAUGAAUAAAUUGCUGUAUGUUGGAAUGUGACUGACAUGUGCCAGCCUCUUGACCCUUCAGGUCACAUUCUCUUCAUACAGAGUGUCUGGCAUUAAGUAGCUCCACAUGUAGGCCUAAUAUCCAGUUACCAGCGGCCCCCAUUGAGAGGCUCACUCUUUAUGCAGCCUACUUGUAAGGAGGCCCCCGGUGAAGCUGACGACAUCUGGGAUCAGAUUGCACUCUUUAAUCCUUUGUCCAUUAGUGUGGAAACACUAAAAGUUGUCCUGGAGCGGCAACCAAAAGGGAGAAUUUCAUCACAGUGCACAUUAGCAAGCUCAGGCUGUCACUGGGCUAAAAGGCUCCUUGUUAGCCGCUCGCGCCAAAUGCUCCACACUAACCCUCUGUCUACGUAUGUGUGAGCGCAUUCAAAAACUGAUGCCCGACCAAAAUGUUAUGAAGACACACGUUCUGCGCAGAAUGAUGCACAACAACCAGCAGAAUGUCUGAACUGAACGCAGAGACCAUUCUAAAUAAUUUGCCAUCAGAUUCUCGACUCUUUUUUUAUUUCUAUUUUUUAUUGAGCUGCUGCUAAACACACCGUCUCUUCAGAUUGUUUACCGACUGUGUUUGCUUGCUACCUUUCCAUAGAAACCCUUGUGUGAGGGUCACCCUUCAGGGAGGCUGUGGCCUGGCAGGUUAUUUUCAGUGUCUGUUACUAGCCCAUCAAGGGAUAGCAUUUCAUUGCCUAUUUUGCGUGUACACAGACAGUGAUUGUGGUUAGAAGAGCCACAUAAACAUGCAGGAGUAGCAUGCAUGCUGCGACCCAUAUAAACCUCAUACAGACAUUAUGUUUUUUAACAAGCCACCAGAAGUUAAAUUAAAUUUGAACACAGGAAGACCAGUUCCCUGUACCCUGAGGGUGAAGAGGAGUAAUAGAAACUGUGUCUAAAAUCAUUCAUUCUAAUUUUACACACCCUGUAGUUCAUGAUUAACGACCGUAAUGACAACAGCAGAGAGAAACACAUUAGAGUUUAUUUCCUGGUUUGAAAGAAACACCGCGAUGAGCAGGCGCACCUGUUUGAAGCAGUUUUAAAUACUGAGGGGUUUCCCUGCUCUGUCAUUUGAGAAGGACUUUUGACAUUCUGCAACUUUAUCCCCUGUGUUAAUGUGAGGGACAGGGGGAUUAUCAAGGUUUACACCAAUGGGUGGAACACAAACGCUAAGAGAUCCUGUCAUCUGUUUAGUUUUUUGUUUUUCUACGCAAGUAAUAGCUAGCUCAAAGACAUAACAGCAGAUAAUGGCUUAGACUGACAUUAGAGCAAUGAUUAGUUACUUAAAUAUGCUGAAAAAAAUAGGAAACCUGCAGAAGUACAGAAAAACAUUUUCAAAUGAAUGACGUUGAUAUUGCAUAAAAUAUCUAUGCCCAUGUAAACUUUAUUUCAGCACACAUUAACUGUUUCUCAUUUGUAGUGCAAACAAGUUACAUUACUCAGACAGCAAAAUUAAAUGGGUCAAUAUAUAAUUGCAGGACUUUUUGUAACAUAGUUGACAGGUAUCACAGUUGACAUUUUUGCUGUUUUCAGGCCUAAAAUCAACAUGGCCGCCUAGAACCAAACACCACAUGGCAUUUUUACAGAAAGAUUCUUCUAAAUAUUAUAUGUACAGUUGAGCAAAACUGAAAUUGAAAGUUGGUUAUAAAGAUAUUGUAGUAAACCUGUUGACUACUUUAUAUUAAAUAACUCAGAAAGCCUUGGAGUCUGGCCAGUCUGUCCUUCAGGAGGAAAUAACAUCAUGUGGAGCAGGUCAUGUGAUCUGGAAUUAACACACUUCCUUGAGAGAUGUUUUUGUAACUUUGUCGGGCACAGAUACAAUUAGUUAUUUUCCAUAUAAAAUUUGCUAUAUUGCCAAAAAAGAAAGUAUCUGUCAUGAUUAUCUCAACUUAAUAAAAGAAUACAAAAGAA